GAGCCUCUGCAAACGCCGUCGAUGCAAAGCCGGCCGCGACAGCCACGGGUCCUGGAGCCCUCCUGUCGCAGCCGGGCUUCGGAGGCGCUUUCCCCAGCAGGGUCCAUGCCACCGGCUUUCGGGAACUGAACUGAAGCUGGGAUCCUAGUUUGGACCAUUUCAGUAGAGAGGUAUCAAAGUUGCAGCCUGAAGGCUGAAGUUCCUUCUAAUGCAAUGACCCAGCAGCCACAGGAUGAAUUCGAAAGCAGUGUGGAGAACGCAAUAGACUGGAUGAAGACCAUCCAGGAGAGACUGAGGAUCAAUGACAACACUAAGGGGCCUCGGCCGGCCUUGGAGGCCAGGCUCAGGGACACGGAGAAAAUUUGUGAGUUGGAACCUGAAGGCCGGUUGAAGGUGGACUUGGUACUAAUGAAGGCCGACGCUCUCCUUCGGUGCCUCAGUGAGGACAAAAAGCACGAGGUUUUAUCCAAACUAAAAGACGUUAAAGCCAUGUGGGAAGAAACCGCCAUAUACAUUACUCACUGUCACAGCCGUAUUGAGUGGGUGUGGCUGCACUGGAGUGAAUACUUGAAGGCUCAAGAUGAAUUUAGUGUGUGGAUUCAUAACAUGAAGGUGACCUUGGAGCCUGACAUAGAGCUACAGCUGGGCUUAAAGGAGAAGCAGUGGCAACUGAACCACGCCCAGGUUCUGCUCAAUGAUGUCAUCCAUCAGUCAACCCUUCUGGAAAGGCUAUUGGAGGAAGCCACAUCUUUGUACAAUCGGAUUGGAGACCCUAGUGUAGAUGAGGAUGUACAGAAAAAGAUGAAGGCGGAAUACGCAGAAGUCAAGACCGAAGCACAGAGGAGAGUGCAACUGCUUGAAAAGGUAACACAAGAGCAUGAGCGAUACAAGACCAGCCUCGACCAGUUUCAGCUUUGGCUGACCCGUGUGACAGAAAGAUUAAACUGCUGCCUCAGCCAAGGAGCAAAACUACCAGCAGAAAAUAUAAUUAAGUCCCUGCAGGACGUUGCCAAAGACGUGAAGAAUGGCGAGAAGAAACUGAGACAUCUUGAAGCACAGUCUGUUGGUGUGAUGCAAAACACCUCCCCACUGGGAGCAGAAAAGAUGAAAGGUGAGCUGGAAGAUUUGAAAAAAGCUCUAGAGAAGCUGAAACUGGUAUGCCUUGAGGAAGAGGAGAGGCUGAUGAAAGUUCUGAGAUCUGAAAAUGCCUAUCACUCACAAGCCAGGCUUUUGGAGGCUGAGGUCCAGGAAUUCCGCAAAAGCCUCCAAAGGCUGAGAAACAACUUUGAACCAAACGACCGCAUGAGAAGCGAAGAGGACUUAAUCGCUCUGUGGAGGAGAUACCUAGCAACAAGAGCAGCUCUUACAGAGGAGGAACCCAAAGCUGAGAGGCUGAAGGAUCAACUUAAGGAGCUGUUCAGGUUUUCACAAGACAUGCAGCCGCUGUCGGAGAGCGUGUUAGGUGCAAUCCGGGAAUAUCAAAGCCUGAAGGGGAAGACAUUUAAAAUGAGCGCAGAGACUGAGACAGAACUGAGGCAGCGCUUUCAAAACCCUCUCAGGGAGUUCCAGCUGUGGAAACCGUCAGCUCAGAGACUCCUGGACACCACGGAAAAUGUUUCUGAUCCGACCCUGACAGACGCUUUCUUGCUUCAGAUCGAGACCUUUUUAGCUGAUAGCUCCCGCUUUAAGGAACAGCUCCUGAUGUUACAGCUGAAAAAGGAUUUCUUGAACAAUAUCUUUGACGAUGAGAAGGCGAAGUCUCUUUUGGCUGAGGCAGCUGAUGCCACCAAAGAAAGAGAGCGCAUACACAAAGGGCUGCUUCAAAGGAAAAGCUGGUUGCAGGCAUUGGUAUCUCAGCAUCUAGACUUUGAUGCCAUCUUCGAAGCCUUGCAGAAGAAACUGUCCAAUAUCAAAGCCAGAUUAGAUGCUGAGAAGGAACUGUUGCCUGAUCUGUUGAGUAAAGAAGCCCGGCUGCAGAGACUACAGACCAUCCAAGAAGAAAUGGCCGAAUGUGCCGUUCAAAUGGAAGAACUGGGAAAGCAUCCUCCGUUGGACCCGGCUCAGACGCGUAAAAUAAAGCAGCUUUUGUCCGACUGCCAAAUGCUGAAGAGGUCUCUGGAGACCAUGACUGCCCAGAGUAAGCUGCACGUGCAGGAGCACUGGACGUUCAAUGACAAAUUACUCGAGCUGCAACAGUGGCUUACAGUGACCCGGCAGAAACUGGAAUCCUACCGGGAUGCCAAAGAGGGGUGGAAGAUGAACAACAGAGCUUCUGAUUUGGAGAGGCUGCAAGCUGAGUUUGCAGAAAAAGAGAUCCAGUUGCACCUCACUGAGGCCCAUGGGCAGCUGGUUGAGGAAAAUUCCUCUCCGGAGGGGGCGGCCUGUGUCCAGACUGACCUGAAGAAGCUGAAGGGAUCUUGGAAGUGGCUCACAGACAUGAUGUCCGGUCUUCUUAAAAAAACGCCUCCGAACUGGGUGAUGAUAGAUGCAGGAAAGACCUUUUCAGGCCAGACGACAGCGGGAGGAUUUGCUUUUCACUCAGGGGAUGAGCCUGAGCAUUUUCAGGAGAAUCUAGUCAAAGGGGAAGGUGCCAAUGAUUUCCAGCUACUGAAGGAUUUCGAGCAAUUGCUGCAAGGAGAAAAUGCCGCACUGUCUAAAAUUCUGGCCAUGAAACCAUCCAGUGACAAAGAACUUCAGGCGUGGCACAGCAAGCUGAAGGAGCUUCGAGGCCGUGUUCCUGAGGGUCAGCGUCAUUUUGAAGAGCUCCUGAACCUUCCGCCGGUGGUCCGGAAUUCUGAGGGGCUGGAAGAAUUGCGCUACCGGUGGAUGCUUUACAAAGCAAAGCUGAACGACUCCAGCAAUUUAUUGAUGACAAGUUCUUGGGAAGAGCCAAACACAUUCAGAAAGGGACGAGGAAGAGGUGCCUGCUCUUUCCUCCGUCGAGUGUGCUGGGUGGCCCUACCUCUCCAGCUGCUUCUGUUACUACUUCUUCUUCUGGCCUUUCUGCUCCCUCUCGCAGAGGAGACCCACAGCUGCAAGCUUGCCAAUAAUUUUGCCCGCUCGUUCAACCUCAUGCUGAGAUACGAGGGUCCACCACCAACUUAAAUCCUCAACGCUUGCAGGUGCAGCCAAGGUGACAGAUUGUUAUCUAAGCAACUUUGCUCUGGGGUAUCUUAUCUACUGCACAUCCCCCUGGAAUCUCAGACAGCUAGUUAGGGACCCAUGUAAACUGGAAGCUUGGUUACAUGACUUACAGUGUCUAUAUAUGCUCAGGCUAUAGAAAUGAAGUAUCCUUAUUUAGAGCUAAAAUUCUAUUUUUAAAAAAUAUGAUUAUAUUUAUACUGUAUAUAUGUUGAAUUUUUAUAUGUGUAUAUGUAUAUAUCUCAGCAAAACAAGUCCUGAAAUCAGUGUUUUCAGCCUAAUUCUGCCAAUUUUUUAACAUCCGUUGUUAACCGAAGUUAAGCUCAGAGUGGAACUAGACAUAACAAGAAGUGUUGGCUUGCUACUAGAAACUGUAACUGCACCUCAAGCUCCCAGUCCUCUGCCCGUAACAUGCAGUUAAGAAAACCCAAUCUGUAUUAGCUGCUGUUGCUUGGCAGGGUGGGAGUGGGGAAUGCAUGAUAUUGUGGUGCCGUAUCACAUAUUUGAUGAGGGGUUGUCAGUUUUAGUGGCAGCCAUGAGUCUCUUUUCUCAUCUGCUGCACAAAGUGUGAGAAGGUGAGAGAUUAGCCAGGGAAUCCUGUGCCAGGGAAAUUCCCAGAAGCAAAUAGUAUGGAAUCAUGUUUAAAUGAACUCUACUAUAAUCUGAUACUGGAAAAAAAAGAAAAGAAAAGGGAGAAAUAUUAUACUUCACUGAGCAGCUACUUCUGAUGAGGUCUGAUGACCCCUAAUUAUUUUGUUUCUUUGGCCCAUUAAACACAAGCCAACUAAAACUACUACAUUUUCCAGUGGCAGAAUGGAACUUCCCUCCUCCCUCACUCCCACUGCAGUCCAGUGAUCUGUGCAAAAUGCUGCUCCUUGGGGGACAGGGAACCCUGAGGAAUGGCAUGAGUGAAAAAUGCAGCGGGGAGGGGGAAUUGGUAGACAUUGCCAGUUUAAUCCGGAUCCAGCCCCGCGAGUGGAAGCUUCAUCCAGUCCCACAAGGGGAAAGGUAUUUUUAGGCCCUCCACCCUUCCCAGCGAAGCUCCAGGGGCAGAACUACUUGGACUGGCUUUCUUGGAAGGAGAUGGAGACUUGCGCCUUUUUUGUGCAAUAUGCUAUAUUUACACAUACAUAAAA